AUGCACGAUCCUGUAAAAGAAACGACGGAAAUCGGCAUUAUUGGUGCCGGUGGCAUGGGCAAGUUCUAUGCUCGCACAUUGGCCAAAGCCGGUUGGAAAAAUGUCUCAGUGUGCGAUCUUCCGGAAAAGUACGACAUUCUGAAGGAAGAGUUCAAGGACAGCCCCAUCCAUGUAUUGCCUGACGGGUUUCACAUCUCCCGAAAAUGUGACUGGAUCAUGUACGCCGUGGAAGCCGAAUAUAUCGAAUCCGUUGUAGCAAAAUACGGUCCCGCCACGAAGAUCGGUGCCAUUGUCGGUGGUCAGACGUCUGUGAAGCAACCGGAAAUCGCUGCCUUUUUGCGACAUAUACCGUCGGAUGUGCAUAUUGUAUCGUGCCAUUCGAUGCACGGUCCAGGCGUUGAUCCUAAAAACCAGCCGUUGGUGGUAAUUCGUGAACGCGCCACGGAUGAAAAAUAUGAAUUGGUGCUUAAAAUCUUGUCAUGCUUCGAAUCCAACUUGGUCCACCUGAGUGCCGAAGAACACGAUCGUAUUACUGCAGAUACCCAAGCUGUCACCCACGCCGCCUUUUUGAGCAUGGGAAGUGCUUGGAAAGCCAAUAACCAGUUCCCUUGGCUCGUUCCUCACUUUGUAGGUGGUAUUGAAAACGUCAAGGUCAAUGUAGCCUUGCGUAUUUACAGCAAUAAAUGGCACGUGUAUGCUGGUCUGGCAAUCAUGAACCCCACCGCCAAAAUUCAGAUUACCCAGUACGCCAAAUCGGUAGCUGAUCUAUUUAAGCUCAUGAUUCAAGAAAAGGAGGCCGAGUUCAGAUCUCGUAUUCGAGCGGCGGGCGAUUAUGUAUUUGGUGGUUUACAAAAAGAUCAUGUUCCUAUUCUGUUGUCCGAUCAAAUCCUAGAUGAAUUCUCCUUGUCACGAAUGCCAAAGGACCAGCGUACUCCCAAUUCGCACUUGUCGUUGUUGGCCAUGGUCGAUUGUUGGUAUACGUUAAAGUUGAAUCCAUAUGAACACAUGGUUUGCCAAACUCCUCUUUUCCGUCUGUGGAUGGGUAUUACUGAGUAUCUUUUCCGCAGUCCGACCAUGUUGGAAGAAGCGAUUCAAGCUGCAUUGCACCGAAAAGAGAUUCGUUCUGACGAUAUGGAAUUUGUCACUUGUGCGCGUGGUUGGGCUGAAUGUGUAACCCUUGGCAGUAUGGAUGCUUAUCACAAGCGAUUUGCCGACACUGCGGUAUUCUUCAAAGACCGGUUUGCAGAAAGCACCGCGGUCGGCAACAACAUGAUCGCUGCCAUUUCCAAGAACAUGUCCAAACAAGGCGAAGCAUCAUCAUAG